UACCACUCCUGAAGGCCCUAAACCCCGUUCCAGAUGCUCUGACUGGGCAAGUGCAGUUGAAGAAGAUGAAAUGAGGACCAGAGUUAACAAAGAAAUGGCAAGAUAUAAAAGGAAACUUCUCAUCAAUGACUUUGGAAGAGAGAGAAAAUCAUCAUCAGGAAGUUCUGAUUCAAAGGAGUCUGUGUCCACUGUGCCGGCUGACUUUGAGACAGAUGAAAGUGUCCUAAUGAGGAGACAGAAACAGAUCAACUAUGGGAAGAACACAAUUGCCUACGAUCGUUAUAUUAAAGAAGUCCCAAGACACCUUCGACAACCUGGCAUUCAUCCCAAGACCCCUAAUAAAUUUAAGAAGUAUAGUCGACGUUCGUGGGACCAGCAAAUCAAACUCUGGAAGGUGGCUCUGCAUUUUUGGGAUCCUCCAGCUGAAGAAGGGUGUGAUUUGCAAGAAAUACACCCUGUAGACCUUGAAUCUGCAGAAAGCAGCUCCGAGCCCCAGACCAGCUCUCAGGACGACUUUGAUGUGUACUCUGGCACACCCACCAAGGUUAGACAUAUGGACAGUCAAGUGGAGGACGAGUUUGAUUUGGAAGCUUGUUUAACUGAACCCUUGAGAGACUUCUCGGCCAUGAGCUAACUGCCACCUGGCGGCCACGAAGAGAAACAGCUCCUCCCCGACUAGGUGGAAGGCUGGCCAGGCACCAAGCAUGUGUGUGCACUUAUACCUGGUGGUUUCUCUGUUAGUAGUCCAUUAUCUCAUGAUGAAUUAUUUUUGCCUUACUUUCUUAAGAAACAUUAAUAAGAAACAUUAAUUUUAUGUAUAGUGAGUGUAUUUUGCAUGUUUUAAAUUGUAAAUGGCGCUAAAUCCAAGAAAGUGUACUUGAAGCAAUCUUCCAGCAAGCUUAAUUGCAUAAUCCCUGUUGUCCUCCAGGGUAAGCUGACAGGUCUACUUAACUGGUUUUCCACAGGCACUUCAGUUGCUGCUUGUCAGAUGGACUGUUUUGGAUUUAACCGUGUAAUCCAUGGGACCAAUUGAGAGUCAGCUACUUUUAUAGGCAUCAAAGUAUUCUCAGACACCUUUAAUAUCUUUAUGGAAACUUAGUUUUUGGCCUUUUACCAGUAUGUCAUAACAGCACUCUGAAGUCAGACAUUGUUAAAUUGAGCUAUUAAACUAAUGGGUUUUAUGUAAGUUAUAUGGUCUUAAUUUGGUACUUGUAAAUAGCACUAGUUAGAUUCUUUAGAAUACUCCAAGAGUUAGGGCAGCAGAGCAGAGCGAUUUAGAAAGAACAUUUUAAAACAAUCAGUUAAUUUACCAUGUAAAAUUGCUGUAAAUGAUAAUGUGUACAGAUUUUCUGUUCAAAUAUUCAAUUGUAAACUUCUUAAGACUGUUUUGUUUCUAUUGCUUUUGUAUGGGAUAUUGCAAAAAUAAAAAGAAAAGAACCUUC